AUAAAGUCACGCGCAGGCGCAACGGGAACGAAACGACCAAACCCAAAUUGUCUAUUAAUAUAACCUUGGAACGCCCAGCUCUUAGCCACAAUAAUACCUACCUCUACCACUCAUUCUCCAGGACCAGUAUAUUCCUUGAUAGAACAACCGACGAAAUCAAGCAGCCCUCGCUAUUGAUAUUCCUCCAAGAUGCAAGACCCAGGAUGAGAUUAUAAAUCAUGGGGACUGAAUCCCGAUCAAUAUCGGGUUUUAAUUCCGAGCCCGCUUAGGCCUCCAUUAUAUAUAGGCGUCUAUAUGCCUAUAUUCUUUCUUCUAUGUUAGCUGGCAAUUAUUCUUCAAAGAAUUUCAUAUAAGAUGUCGGUUAUCAAGAAGGUCGCCGUCUUUGGUGCAGCGGGUAACUUCGGCACACCCAUCACGGCCGCGCUUGUGACAGCAGGUUUCCAAGUGACUAUCAUCACUCGCAUUGAAUCUGACUCAACUUUUCCUGAUGGAAUUCCGGUCAUAAGGACAGAGUACACGGUCGAGAAGCUGACCACAGCAUUGACGGGCCAAGACGCGGCAGUUUCCGUCAUUGGCCCAGGCGGCCUUCACGUCCAGGUUGCUUUGAUUGACGCAGCCGAGGCCGCUGGCAUCAAGCGUUUUAUCGUCGACGACUUCGGAUGGGGUCCUAAUUUCAAUAGCCUACCCGAGUUUCGGGAAAUCGGUACUCAGAGAAGAGCCGCUUAUGACCACGCGAAGAAACUUUCUCAAACCAAUCCCAACUUUACUUAUACUGGUGUUACUAUCGGCAAUCCGAUCGAUUGGGCAAUUAAACGUUUCCCAUUGAUGGGAUUUGAUGUCAAACAGCGUUCUGCAGUCAUUUACGAUGACGGCACCGUGGAAUUUACCGGAACAACGUUGGAAGGUAUCGCGCAGGCUAUAGUCGGCGUUCUGAAGCAUCCGGACGAAACUGCAAACCGUCAUGUAAAGGCGCGGUCAAUUCAAGUGUCCCAGAACAAACUUCUAGAUGCUCUUCAGCGGGCUUCGGGGCAAUCGUGGGAGGUGAAACGUGGCGCUACGAGCGAUCUUCUCGAAAGUGGAAGGGAAAAGCAUCAGUCUGGAGUUAGCGGUUGGGUGCUAGAGCUUCUAGUAUAUCAGCUUUUUGGGCCAGGAGGAAGAUGCAUUGUAGCGUCCAAAGAAGACUCGGAUGCAGAUCUCCUCGAGAUAAAGGAAGAAUCUCCCGAUGAUAUUGCUAGGAAAGUGUUGGGUUCUAUUGCGAACUGAGCAUCACCAUUGCUUAUUUCGUGGCGUCUGCAACUACCCGUCGUCUAUUAUCCGAGUCACAAUCAGCUUUCUUUUUUCUUUUUUCGGUGGACUUAGCAGUCUCCGGACACGCGCAACCUCUAGGUACCUAGGGGUCAAGUUACCGCCAUCACCGAAAAUACGCCACGCUGUUCCAGCUGUCGAAGUUUUCUAUCCUACAAGGCAGAGAUUCGCCCCUGUCAAGGGUGUAGGUCACCACCGCAUCAUAAUUCGACACAUUAAAAAAAACAUGCCUUUCCUACCCACAAGCUGUUUAUGUGAUUAUGUAGAAAAGCUUGCCCCUUACAUAGGUACCUACGUAUCUAAGACAUUUGAAGCCCGCAGCUGAAGAUCC